AUGGUCAUUGCUGAGGAUAACGCAGAGCGCCAGGAUUAUAUGACUUUAAAAACGCAUUUUGCAGUUGAUAAGUUUCAAAGAUCUAUUCGUAAACAGGUUAAUGAAUUACUUGGGAUUACAGAAAUGCAGGGAAUAGUGGAUGGCUUGGCUUUCGAACAAGUUUCUUUCAACGAGUCUUUAUUAGACGAAGUUGCAGCAAAACUUGAUUUGGAGUUUUCGACAUAUACGGCAGCAUUAAAUGCAACUCACAAUUUUCUUAUUCGAAACUGUAAGAUAUCUAAAACGAAGUGUGGCUGUUUCCACCAUGAAUUUUCUGGCUUCUACAUAUAUCCGUCUUUACCUGAAUGUUCCACAGUCCUUCCAAGCUUUUUAAAGUACUCAGAACAGUAUGACACUUCCGUAAAUGUUAGUUAUGCUUGUUGUGUUCUCAGUCAGGAAGCUCAGCACUGUGAGAAAAAUUUUCACUACGGAAACUUAACUUCUGUGUUUAAAGGAAAUAGCAGAUUAAGUGCAGUUCGCUGGCAGUAUGUUACAAAUACCGUUGGAGUCCAGCUGGAGUACCCAGCACAUGUCUUCCCUGUUAAGCGAAGGCGUCACUGGACACCAUUUUUAUCAUCUGCAUUACCAUACAAGAAACGUGUUUUAGUUCUUUUAGAUACAGGUACUAUUCAAACUGAGAUUCAAAUGCUGAAACUCAAGAAGAUAUCUGAAAUUGUAUUGGAUUCCGUUUCUCCGCAAGACCGUGUGAUGGUAAUGGCUGAUACUGAGUCUGGUAUUCGCACUGCUUGUGAUGUUCAAGGUUUCGUAGAGGUGCUUGCUGCUAACAGCGCAGCCUUAACUAGUUUUAUCAGUGAUUUAAGUUUUAGUAAACAAAGAUACAACGAAUAUUCUCAUUCUGGAGCGUUAAAAGCUGCAUAUAAACUUUUUGUUAAGGACGAGAAGAACUUGAGAGAAGCUGGCAUUUUUGAUUCGUACUAUAAUGUGAUCUUCUAUGUAAGCCGUGGGGUCAUGUCAGAUCUUAAUGAAACGGUUUCUGUACUUGCCGCUGUUGGUGAGGUUGCAAUGCAGACCAGUUUGCGAAUUAAAAUUAACACAAUCGCGUUUUCCGAAGGUGGACGUGAAUUGAUGCUAUGGUCGGCCUCCUUCUUGAAGAACAUUGCACAGCAGAAUUACACCAAAUAUAAACAUUCAUUUCAUAAAAGCUUGCGCACUGCUAUUGAGAAUGUUGGGCUUAAUCCUCCAGCUGGCGAAACAGUAAUUGUGAAUGGAAGUGAAAGCUCACAACUAACCUUAAUGAAGAUGUAUAAUCUUUUAUAUGAUGAACGACUGUUGAACCUCUCUACCUCUAAAUGGGAUGAGAUACACUGGUCAAAUCCAUUUCUUGAAUCUCAGACGACAUUGAUUUCAAUUUCCAAAACUGUUCGAGGAGGUAACAACGUGGCUGCCGUUGUUGGGAUGGAUAUAAUCCUUGAUAGGAUUUCAAAUAUUGUACGACAUCGAGAUGAGGUUCUUAUGGCUCCUCGUGAUUCAAUGUUCCAUUUUUUAAUUUGUGAUUUUAAGGGGCGCGUUGUAACUGAUUCGCGGUCAACUCGUGUUAAUCUGUGGCCUCUCCAUAUUAGCGUUCUGGAUGGUUGGGACGUUGAAGAUCGAUAUUUGACAGAUGUAUUUGGAUCCGAGGAUAUCAGCGAUGGAUCAUUUAAUCUAAUGAAGAAAAGGAAUAUUGGUCCUAUCGAAAUUAAAUACAGUUGGAAGAAGUUGAAAAACGCUCCUUUUGUGCUUGUACUGGCCAUGAAGUCUUUACAUGGCAACAUACGGGUAUCUCUAUUGAUGGGUAAUAUUGCAUCGGAGCUUUCACUGAAGGGGCAGUUGUUGUGUCAUCGCGGUGAACUUAAGCGCGAUUUAUCAGUCCCUUAUUGUUUGCAUCAUGGUUCUGUUUCCACGUUUUUACAUGGUGGUAUCUUUCUCAGCUCUAAUUGCUUCGAACCCCACUCCGUAGUGCACUAUCCUUCUCCAGAAUGGCUCCACAGUUUACAGGAAUUGUUGACCAGCCGGCUAGAUUUCGCGUCUAAGUUUGGGCUUCGUCAUGGCGUUAAGGAGCACAUAUACGUGUUAUGGAGGAUUGUUGACUAUUGGAAACGGAUAGUUUCUAAGUACAAAAAUCGGGUUAUUCGUCACUAUAUAGCAACACCAAAGGGUAUCAUGGUCACAUAUCCUGCUACUGUAGUUCGGCCGGAAUACAAUCCUACGUUACAGCCAUGGUACACCAGAGCUGUGAAGUAUCCAGGCAGGAUCGCGUUUACUGGCCCUACAUUAGAUAGUAAGCUAGGUCUUGUUAUUACGGUAUCUGCAGCAAUUUUUGAAGGUAAUGUAUUUUUAUCGUUCAAUUUUAGUUUUAUUUUUAAAAUUUUUACUCAAGGUCGUGCCAAAGGUGUCCAUAAUACAGAAACGGAUCAAAUUUUUGCUGUUAUUGCUAUGGAUGUUUCUGUCGGAUUUCUGUUACGUAUCUUGCGUGAUGCGGUUCCGGCAUGUAAAGAAAAACGCCGUUGUAUCUUGUUUGAUGAUGUAGGAUACGUGUUAGCGAGAGGUGUUGAAACUGGGUUUCCUGUGAAAGAGCUUAAGUUGUCAGGGCGUAACGCUUUAGCUGAUGCUGUUGAAAGGUUUCACGUUAAUCAUCUGGAACCGCAGCUUGCAACCCACCUUAUCACUAACCCGUUAUUAGUUACUAAACAGCAGUGUAUAGACUGGAAGUCACGAUCUUAUGGGCGAAUUUUUCAGUACAAUGUUACAUUCAAAGAAGUGCUGAUGCUUCCAUGCGGCGAGGGUGUAUUUUCAUCUUCCAAAUUGGCAAAAGGCGUUAGGGCUGAAAUUAUUUCGGUUCCUCGAUCAAAUUUAUUUUUAGUCCUUAUGAAUGAAAAUUGCGCCUUUGCACACCAGGCAUUCUGCCCUUGCUCUGUUUUGGAUCGUCGUUGUUUACUUUGUUCUCGUUUUGAUGACACUGAGUGUGAAUGCCCCUGUCAGUGUCCUAUAUAUUCAGAAAGAUUUUGUAAAAAUUCAGGACGCAAUACAACUAUCGAGCCGCCGGUAUUUUACAGGUGCGAGGAAUAUCGAUCUCUGGAUGAGUGCUUGAUGGGUGUUGGUUGUCAGUGGUGCGCUACCACAGAAGAUGGUGAAAGGAUCUUAGAAGAACCUUACUGCAGUGCCAUUGAUCAGUGCUACGGUGGCGUAAGAGGAAGGCAGCUUAAAGAUAUUAUUGGUAGCUCUGCUCGUUCUCCCGCGCAUUGGUCAAUGGCCACUCCCGUUGGUGUGGUAGCUGCCGGAAUCAUGAGUGUAUUUUUAAUCAUGGUAUUGUUUUGCAUUGAAAUUAGUUGGAUAUUAUGGAUCAAAAUUAGUUCUUUUUUAGAUAAGUUGCAGUUAGCAUCUUUUGAACAACGUUCAUAUAUGCAUCCUGUUAUGAGAUCGCAGAUUCGUCCUUCCCCGAGAACUGAAUCCAGCGACCAGGGGUACUCGACAAUGACGGACAGAAUGGCUGGAGAAGAGAGUGAGGGAGCCUCAAGCAGUAUAAAUAUUUCGCGACGGACAGAACGUACUUUCCUUAUGCCAGCGGCGACAUGUAUUGCAGAGGAUUGCGCUAAUUCCGUAAUUGUCGAGGCAGAUGUUCAUCAUGCUCCUUCAUUUAUGGCUGUAUCAUAA